AUGUUAGAUGAAAUUUGUGAGAUAUCUGACUGUCUUAAUAUAAAUCAAUUUCUAAACGAUAUUCCUAAUUACCAUGUUAAUCUAUUGUGCAUUCAUUUUAAUAUCAGAUCCCUAAUUAAAAAUUUCGCAGCACUUGAACAAUGCAUAAUAACGUCAAAUAAACCUAUAGAUGUCGUAAUUCUAACUGAAGUUAAUGUAAUGGAUAAUACUAGCUGUUUGUUUCAUAUCAAUGGCUAUCAAAUGUUUACUGCGUUAAGAAAAUCUAGAAGGGGUGGCGGUAUAAUCAUUUACGUCAGUAACAAACACAAAUGCAACAUAAAAACUAUAAAAACAAAACACUUUGAAAACUUAUUACUAACAAUCACCACUAACUCAAAUUACAUUACGAAUAUAUGUGCCGUAUACCGCCCUCCCAGCUCGAGUAAAAACCUUUUUAUUGACGAACUCCUAAACCUAAUCGACAAUUACUCUUGUGACACAGAUUUAUACUUACUAGGCGAUAUAAACAUUGAUCUGAAAUUAGACAAUCCUGCAAAACAUAAAUACAACAACAUGUUACACAGCCUAGGUCUUUUGUGCGGGAUCACAGCAUAUACAAGGAUCGAAUUAAGUAAUGGAAGGCUAAGUAAAAGCUGCAUAGAUCACAUUUACGCACGAUCCCGUACACAAGACCUAUACACAGCGGCAAUCGGUACGACACUGGCCGACCAUCGGGCGGUUAUAAUAGCCUGCGUCGGACCACGAACACAGGCUGUCCCAACAUAUAAAAUAUGUUUAAAUAAUAAAAAAUUGAAUUCACUAUUAGAAGAGAUAGAUUGGACGCCCACUUACGACAUGACCUGCCCUUUAAAUAUUUACAACUAUAUUUAUACAAAAUUUACAGAAUGCUAUAAAAAAUCAGAAUAUUCAAUCAAAAUUAAUACUAAAAUUACGCGAAUUAAUAACGACUGGAUAAAUAAUAAAAUCAUCAAAGCCUGUGAGUAUAGGGACAAUUUAUUUUUUCAAUGGAUAAAAAAUACAAAUAAUAUGAUUUUAAAACUAAAAUACAAUAAAGCUAGAAACAAUGCCAAUGCAUUGAUUCAAAAAACUAAAAACAAAAACACUAAGUCAGAAAUAAUAUCCAACAAAAACAAUACUAAAAAUUUGUGGUCUAUCUUAAAUAGAUUAACGGGUAGAAUAAAAUCGUCUAUAGAUGACGGCUUAGAACGCUCUUUUGGCAACAAUAACAAUUCAUCGAAAGACGUUGCAAAUAAAUUCGCUGUCACAUUCAAUAAUAGUGUCAAACAAAUAAUAUCAAAAUGUCCCGAACCAUUGCUCGACAAAAAAACCUAUGCAGUAUCAGCAAAUGUGAGUAUGAGAUUUAGGUCUGCAGAACCCAAAUCAAUAACAAAAAUACUAAAAUCUCUUAAUAGUAACAAAGCUCCUGGAGUAGAUAGGAUAAGAGCCAUUGAUGUAAAAAAGAUGUGUGACAAAAUUUCAUUAACCAUUGCUAAACUUAUAAACGCAUGCAUUCUCACUGGCAAAUACCCAAAAUUACUAAAGACCGGCAUUGUGAGACCAAUUCAUAAAAAAGGUAGCCAGGUGGACUACCUCAACUAUAGACCAAUAACCAUAUUGCCUACGAUCAACAAAGUAGUAGAAAAAUAUGUAGGAACUCAAAUACAACACUUUUAUGCCAAUAAUAGUAUACUAACUUGCAACCAAUACGGAUUUCAACCACAUAAAAGCACGACUCAACUGCUAUCUACUUUCACUGACAGUAUUUAUAACCACUUAGAUAAAAAAGAGCAUAUAUUGGUCGUCUUCGUUGACUAUAGUAGGGCAUUUGAUACUCUCAGACAUGACAAGCUUCUACAAAGCUUGAACGACAGUGGGGUCAGAGGUAAUCUACUAACUUGGUGCGAAAACUACUUACAUGAUAGAAGCUACCAAGUUAGGAUCAGUAAUGUAGAUAGUUUCUCAGUUUUAGUAACCGAAGGUACUGCCCAAGGCUCCGUCUUAGGACCCUUACAUUACCUCACCUACGUAAAUAAUCUCUCAAAUGCAAUAAAACAGUGUGAGUUGUACCAGUUUGCGGACGACACAUGUCUAGUUGCCACAGGACGAAACAUCGAAGAUGCCCUUACUCGACUUCAAAGCGAUUUUGACAUAUUAGUGAAAUGGUCUCAUGAUGUUGGACUUGUACUUAAUUCCAAUAAAACGAAACUAAUUUACAUCAGCUCUAGUAAAAACAGAAGCACUUUUAGAUUAAAACUUAUAGCACACAACCAUCAAUGUCUACAUUUAAAACAAUCAAAUAACACUCAAUGUAACUGUGACACCAUAGAACAAGUAAGUAAAUAUACAUACCUUGGACUCGUAAUCGACGAUCGGCUAAACUGGAAGGAGCAUAUUAACCAUGUGAGUGACAAAUUAAGGGUAAUAUUAGCCAAAUUCUCAAUUAUAAAAUCUAAAAUACCUUAUAAAACACUUCUACUACUCUAUAAAUCCCUGGCUGAGUCUAUAAUAUCCUAUGGGUUGUCCAGUUAUGGAAGGACCUCUAAAACACACCUAGACAAUAUUUUUUCACUCCAGCUACGUAUACUAAAAAAAAUAGUUCCUAUAAAAAUAAAAGAUACCUUUAAAGAUUACCGUAAGCUAUUUGCAUUUUGUAAAAUUUUACCAAUUCAUGAAAAAGUAGAACUAACUCUUUUAUCACAAUAUUAUUUUACUGAAAAUCUACAAAAACUACACAAAAAUUAUUCAAUCCGUAGACAAGAUAAUCUUAGACUACAACUACCUUCUUAUAAUAACCUGUAUGGUAAAAAACGAUUAAAUUACAUAAUACCUUAUCUAAUUAACAUUAUACCUAAUCCUAUUAAAGAAAAAAUAACAUAUAAAAAUCUAAAAAACAUCUUGAAACAAUAUUUUCUACAAAUAAUAAACAAAAAAUACACAUAA